GGUAAAGAUGAAACUAAUUCUGAAAACAAUCCUGAUCAUCCUAAAAGCCAAAAAGAUUUAUUGGUUGAAAAAAAGCAUUUGGACUCACCUGGUUUGGCUACACGUAAAGAUAUCAAUAAAGGAACUGUUCAAGGAGGAAAAGGGGAUUAUGCUGUACGGAAACUUCCAUGUUUGGGACAUUUAAAACUAUUUGAUGCCAUCAAAGGAGGCAAGAAACCGUCAAUUAGCCUGAAAACCUGUAAGUUUGACAGUGUCAUUGUGAAAUAUUUAUAUGAAGCCUCAAUCCGUGAAUCAAAAGAAGAUCCUACUAAUAGAUUGACGAGGAAAUCGAAGGAAACUUCCGAAUUCAUGCGACAUUUACGACAGCUAUCAUGGGACACACAACAAGAGAUACAUAUACAUCUCUAUAUGGUACCGGAUGUGAUGUCGAGGUUAUCAAGUUACAACAUUUGGCCCCACCGUAACAUCCGUACCGGACCUUUGGUGGAGGGUGGCUUUUCUUGCAAAGACCCAAACACAUCCACCGUUGAAUGUAAGUCGUGUGGACUGGAACUAAAUGCAUCAGCUCUAAACGGUACAACUCCAAUGCAGUAUCACAGAGAGCAUUCACCUGAUUGUGAGUUCUUCCGACAAGCAAACCCGCAAGGUCUUGAUGGCCAACAAAACGGAGCGUUGACGGAUUCCUCACACAAUCAAGCCGCAUCUCCUAUAGGAAUCAACCAGGAAGCAGCCCACUCUCCGGUUCAACAGCCUCCAGGAAAUUAUCAGCAAAGAAAGCCCAACCAAGACCAAGCCCAAGCAGAAAAAACGUCGGAAGCAAACGACACAUCGGCACGAACACGCUCUGGAAACAAUGACGGAAACAUUCGUAUCGAUGAAGCAACGUCACCCACUAACCGUCGACAAACGGAAAAUGCAUCAUCACUUUUUUCAAACAAUGGAGCAGCUUCAUUUGACUCACUUGUUGCUGAGCGUCCUAGAACAGGAGAAGUCUUUGACAGGGCCACGCUAAUUGUACCCAACAAUAAUAAUGUGACUUCAAGUGGGGAGGCUGUGAGAGAGAACGAAAACAUAAUAGCAGGCGCUCAGGGAGGUGAGGUCCCCUACCCAAUACGUAACCCAAGGUUCACAGAGCAGAACGCACGCCGUGAGUCGUAUACACAUUGGCCGCAUCGCGCUGCACAUGACCUUGAUUAUCUGGUGAAUGCCGGGUUCUUUUACACAGGUACGUGAAAAAUAAGUUAUUUUUAGUAUACAUAUACGUAUUGAAAAUAUCAACACAUUAGAUUGAAUCCCCCCUCCCAAUAUUGAAAUUGAAUAAUUCAUAAUGAAAAUAUUAGGUUCGCCAUUCGCAUGACCAUUUGUCAUUCAGUUAGUCGACUUUCAUGUGUAAGAUUUUUUAUUGAUUUCCAUGAAGGUUUUGACGAAAUAGCAUUUCUAUCAUUUUUUAAACCUUUUAAAGUUUUAUUAUUUAUGGAGUGAUUCAAAAUCACAGAUAACCGACACAUCAUCUAAUUGGUUGAACCACUGAAUGGCUGAAACUUGAACUGCCCCUUUGAAACAAACAUUUGGAUUUGGAUUUCGUAUACAAAGGCCAAGGGAGGUUUGGGCCACGAAAGUAAUGAGAAAUACUGAUCUAAAUUGGAACAUUAAGUGAUCAAAAGAUGUUUGAUCUUAUACAAUUUUCUUCUUAGAGUCUAAUAAGCAAAAUUAAUAAGAAUUGGUACAGCUGAUAAUGACCAAUUGGCAUUUUCUGGACUAAUUUGAAAUCAGGCAGUCUUAACCUCUUAUAAAAAUAAUGAUUUUUAAGAUGAUAAAAUACAAACUAGCCAUAUGAACAGUUGUGUAUGUUUGUAUCAUACAUAAGACUAACAAUUGAAGUUCACAAAACUUGAAAAGUAUAUCAGAGUAAGUCCAACAAGAUACUUCAAGAAUAUUUACAGGACUUCGUAGAAGCAGGGACAGUAUA